AUAUAAGGAGCUCAGAUCUAUCCCAUGUACCUCAGUCAUCCACUAACAGUACAAACAUGAAGUCCAUUGCUUGCGUUCUCCUCUUCGCUUCGCUGGCGUCCGCACAGCUGGUGCGCGGCGCUCAGGUCCAGAACAACCGAGCAGCCGCCGCUCCUGCUGAAGCAGGAGCUGCCACAGCCAAGUCCUUGGGUGCCGCCCCUCCGGCCGGGGGCGCCGCUCCCGCCGCCCCGGCACCCGCCGCUCCCGCCGCCCCCGUCAACGACUUCGGACCCGCCUUCUUCGGUCCCGGUGUUGGUAACUUCGCUGCCCGAGCCCCUCUCCCAGCACUCGUGGCCCGCGCCCGUGAGGUCGCUGCUUCCGACCCCAACGUUCGCGUGUUCGUCGACGUUGACGGAACCAUCGAAUUCACCGACAAGUUCGGCCGCGAAGUCGAGGUUUUGGACGCUUUUGGUCGCGACGCCCUGGAAAUCCCAGGCCUCGAGGAACAGAUCGAGCUCCAGCAGCAGCAGUUCCAGCUGGAGCGCAGGCGCGCCCUUCUCACUCAGGAGCUUAACAACCUCAACAUCCUCGCCGGCGGCGCUGCUGGGGGUGCUCCAGGGGCUGCAGGUGCUGCUGCCGCUGCUCCCGCUUUCCGCAUUGUCGCAUAAAUAAUUAAAAAAGAUUACAGCGACAUGCAAAACGUCACUUGUGAUAUUAUUCUUCAAGGUCUACAAAAAUUAAACAAUUAAAUUAAUGUAAAUGAAUGUGCGCCUUCGAAAGAUGCGUAACAUGAAUUUUGGGAUCCAUCGUGGGCAUCUUUCCUAUCAAGGUUUAUCUUCGGGAUAUUUUCUACAAAAGUCCUUCUACUCCAUCUGUCCAUCUUUUGAGUUCUUUUUCUAUCAUGUAAAAACUUGUAUUUUUUCCUCGUGCAAAACUUAAUCAAACGAAAAACUUACGAAACCUUCCUAAAGAAAAUGUAUAUUUAUGUAAAAUGUCGACGUAACUUUUUAAGUUAUUUAAAUACAAAUUUCAAUAUAUUA